GAUUGACAGAUAAAUGAAGAAAAAGUCUUUUUAGUUGGAAGUCAAUGUUAUAAUACUAUAAAUAUUUUUAGUUGAAAAUGCCGAUAUUAAAAAAUCAAGUCAUUGUUCUCCAGGAAGGUUAUUCUUACAAGGACAGCACUGAUGCCACUACUAUGCAUGCAAAUUGCAGUUGUACACUUAUACGUUGUCGAGAUGGUACCAAUAUUAUUGUAGACACAUUAACUGCAUGGGAUGGUGAAAAUCUAACAACUUUAUUAAAAACACAGCAAUUACAAUUGCACGACAUUCACAUUGUCGUUUGUACCCAUGGACAUUCUGAUCAUGUGGGAUGCAAUUAUCUGUUCCAACAGGCACGUCUACAUAUAGUUGGUUCAAGCAUUUCAAAUCGUGAUCUAUAUUACGAGCAUUCUGGUCCAUUGGACAUUCAUGGCGAAGUGCUGGUCGAGCAGACGCCUGGUCAUACACUCAGCUGUGUAUCCGUAAUAGUUCACAACUCGCAUAUGGGAGGCACUGUGGGUAUUUGUGGCGACCUUUUCGAGCGGCGCGAAGACAUAGAGGAUGAACAGAUCUGGAUAUUAGCGGGCAGUGAGAAUGAGAAACAGCAACGCGAGCAACGAUAUCGAAUGUCCCAAUUGUGCAACUUCAUUAUUCCUGGACAUGGACCAAUUUUUGAAGUGGAUGAAGCUUUGCGUUCCAAAUUAAAAUUAAAACAGAAUGUAUAAUUUAUUUGCAUUUAUCUAUCAACAUACAUAUGUAUGUGUGUGUGUGUGAGCAUAUGCAAAUAGUAUGGGUUAAAGAGUUUGCUUAAUAAUUUGUGGAAUACUAACUAGUGGAUAAAAAUCAACUGUUGGUACUCGUUUACUGCCUACAUGAUUAUAUGAAUUAAGAAUGAAUGAUC